UCACAACAAUUUACCUGUCAAGGAAAACAGUACGUUAGAGUUACCGCCCCUGAUAUCGUACAGGUGUGUUAGUUUUAAAAUGUCGGCGGUCAUGUCUUCACAACGGAGAAGUAUUUUUGUGAUUUUAAUGAUUCUGGGUGAUUUAAUAUGCUGUAUGGGACAGACGUCGAACUCGGGAACAGUUCUGAGAGUGUUACAAAACAAAGCCGGACUCGGAAGGUUUGCCGAGCUGGUGUCACGAGCUGGCCUCACUGAUCUGUUUAACUCAAAUGGACAAUUCACAGUGUUUGCUCCAAACAACACAGCAUUUGAAAACAUACCAUAUGAAAAAAGGGCGGAAAUCGAGAGUUGGUCUGACAGAUCAGUGGAGCUACAAAGAUUUAUCAAGUGCCACACAUUGAUUAACUCGAUGUUGACCACGGGCAGUAUGCAGGAUAACCAAGUGUACCAGAGUAUGGGAACAAAUGGAGAAAGGAUCUUCAUCAACAGACGUCAGAGAACUGCAUCUUUCUCGAAUACAUAUUUUGGGCCAACUGUGUACUUUGUAAACGGAGCGGAAAUCUCCAAUGAACAGAAGGAUCUGGUGGCGGGUAAUGGGGUAGUUCACGGCCUGGCACGUAUGGAUGUCAUCUCUAGCAUAAAAAUGGCGUAUGGCUACAUAGCUGAUCCUGACGAUAACAGUUUACGAACAAACCUGUUUUAUGAACUGAUAUCGAGAUAUCUACAGGACGGUUUCUACAGCACACUAUCAGAUCUCUCAAACCGCAACAAAAAGGUCACCAUGUUUGUCCCAAAUAACAAAGCAAUGGAGAAGAUACCUUCCUCCAAACUCAGUUACCUCCAGCAGAACCCACGAGUCUUAGACAGGGUUCUCAAGGCCCAUAUCAUCCCAGACAGAGUUAUAUUUACUUCCUACGUCAACCAUAACGAAGGAUUUAACAGUCGUCUCAAUCAUUUGGUGAGAUUCCGACGACCUUACGGAGACCAAGUUUAUGUGAACAGUGAGGGAGUCGAUGCCGCUAUAGUACAGGGCAAUAUCACCGUAUAUAACGGUGUCGUCCAUGUUGUUGAUCAACUCCUAGGUUACGUGUACCACUCCGUCCGUGAAACUAUCACUCAAGAUUCGCCUGAAUUUGACCAGUACCUUAACAAGGCACAGCCAGACACGAGGGAUGCCCUUGUACAGGCCUCAGGAGUCAAUGUCUUUAUUCCUAUUGGCGACGCAUUCACCAAAAUACAGGGAGUUCCUGGUGUUAACCUGGUCUCUGAUCUGUCUCAAGUAGACAAGAUGAUUCGCUUCCAUAUCCUGAAAGCUUUCCAGGAUAUUGAGAUCUCGGCCAUCGUUGGCGGCUACGAGAGUCGUCAGUACCGACAGACAUUUUACGAGGGCUGGAACGUCACAAUUUACAAUGACAGGAAUGAGAGCUGGGUCCAAGGAGGGUUUGUUAAGGCACGUGUGGUUCGCCCAGAUCUAAAAGCGACCAAUGGAAGAGUACAUCUCAUCGACUCCAUCCUGGGCAUUCCUUAUUUGGACUUGCCCAUGUUGAUAUGUGAUGAUCUUUGGUUGCUGAGAACAUACGACUAUAUCCGGUCAGUAGGGAUGAAGAACUAUCUUACAGAUAAUCGUUUCACCGCCAGACGUUGUUACUUUGAAAUGUAUGGCUACCCUCCAGGUUAUGACUACAGCAGCAACUCUUACAACAACAACAACAACAACAAUAACUAUGGCAACAAUAACUACGGCAACAAUAACUAUGGAAACAACUAUCAGCAGACAACUUACAAUCCGUACGGCCAACAGUCUAACAAUUUAAACCCCAGUAACCAGGCAUCUCAAUAUGAUAUGGGGACCUGCUCGGGAUGUUCCUUUACGUUUUUCGUGCCCAAUUCCACAGCUAUUGACUAUUUCCAGAAGACGAGUAUCGGGAUAAAGAUCAUGAGAGAUUCUCAGAGACUCCAAUAUCUAUUUAAGAGACUGUUGUUCCAAGGAAAGCCCAUUGUCUUGGAGAAGUUAUCUAAUACAAAUCACAUAUUCACUGCUAAGACGGGAGAAUCCAUUCGCAUACUGAAGUCUAUGGACAGAGAUGUUAAGAUCCAGUUUAGUGGUGUCACAGCCAAUGUAAUCAGUAUGGAUAUUGGGGCAACAAAUGGCCUGAUUCACAUCAUUGACCGCCUACUGUAUGUCCCGGAAGAUUUGACGCGUGACGUAUCGCGAGGCGCUGACGUCAGAUACAGCAUCCUUGUCAUAGUAACCAUGGCACUUAUCAGUAUUUUCAUCACUAGACACAGAAGAUUGUAACAGCUCACCAGUGUAACUGUUUAGGAUGUUAUAUGAGGGAGAUGCAUGAUACAGACCAACACAAGACAGACAGAUACCACAGACAGACAACUACAAGGAUAGACAGAUUGAAGAAAAAAGAAAAAAAAAUACAUAUAUAUAUAUAUAAA